CGCGCCUGCAUGUCGAAAUUGCGGCUCACGAAACUAUUACGAAUAACAUUUUUAUUACAUUUCAAUUAGUAAAAAUUCACAGUUCAACAAAUCAAUUAUAAAUUCAUCCAAAUGUGCGCGUAUUUAUUGAAUUACCUACCAUAGUAAGAACCGUGUUAUCGUACAUACAUAACCCAAAAAAAGUGUUACAAAAAAACGUACUGUUGUGUGUUUACCGUGUGCCGUGAUAGAUAGUAUAUUUGAAAUAUAUGUAUCUCUAAAUAAUCUACAUACGUAUACAUGCUUUAUUCGUGUGAAAUAUAACAAACGGACAGUAAAGUCACUUACCCACACAAAAUGGCAGCGGACGAGCUGAGAGAUCGUUACGAUCCUGACUUAAAGUUCCUCUCAGUCGACAGGAACAGUUUCAAUGAUCCGGCGACGCAGGCGGAAUGGACCCAGAAGAGGCUUGUCUGGGUGCCCCACGACAGCCAGGGCUUCGUCGCCGCCGGCAUCAAGGCCGAAAAGGGCGACGAAGUCGAGGUCGAAAUCGCCGAAACUGGCAAAAGACAGUUGGUUAACAAGGAUGACAUUCAAAAGAUGAAUCCGCCGAAAUUCGACAAAGUCGAGGAUAUGGCAGAAUUGACUUGUCUGAACGAAGCGUCCGUUUUGCAUAAUAUAAAGGACAGAUAUUAUUCCGGAUUGAUAUAUGUGAGUAAUUUGAUUUGAUGCUAUUUUUGGGUCUCCAGGGUGUAUUUAUGGAACUUGGGCGAUAUUGUCAAUUGAAUGAUUACGGGGACGGUUACACUCAAAUU